GACCCCCUCGCAACUGAAACCUGCCCAUGCAGGCAGCUAGCCUUCUCCAGACCGUUUUGUGUGGGGAACCUGGGGAAUUAAUAAACUAGAAGUUGGAUUCUUCAUUUGAAAUGACUUCUAACAUCCCAUGGCGCCCAUGCUCAUCCCCUCUAGACUCCUCCCUUUAGGCCGUCCCGCCGCAUAGCAUACUUCACAAUGGGUCAUUCCAAGUCCAACGAUGCCCAUACUGAGCUCGCCGUGGGCCGCGAUCUGCUUGCUGCGUUGCCCGUAGACCGAAAACCAUGGUAUCGCACAAAGCACAUGAUCCAGCUCAACCUCAUCUUGCUUGUUCCGUUGUUUGCUUCGGCUACGACAGGGUUUGACGGCGCCAUGAUGAAUGGUUUGCAGACGGUUGAACAAUGGAGAUCAUACUUUGGCACCCCUUCUUCUUCGAUUCUCGGUGUGAUCAACGCCGUGUACCCGAUAGGCACAAUUCUUGGCGUGUUACCGACGGCGUAUCUCUCUGAUCGUUAUGGUCGCAGAGUUCCUUUGAUAUUUGGGCUCGUGCUCUGCAUUGUUGGCGCUGCCAUCCAAGGUGCCGCUCAGAACUUAGCAAUGUUCAUAGUCGCCCGCUGCAUACUAGGAUUUGCCACUGCACACAUUGCUCAACCGUCGCCUAUCAUUAUCACAGAGCUGGCGUAUCCGAUCCAUCGCGGUAAGAUUACAGCACUGUAUAACACAUUUUAUUAUGCUGGGGCAGUUUUCGCUGCAUGGUCAACAUAUGGCAGCUUCCCAAUCCAGUCUACAUGGAGCUGGAGAAUCCCAUCUAUUCUUCAGGGCGCAUUUCCCACAAUCCAGCUAGUAUUCAUAUAUUUUCUUCCAGAGUCACCCAGAUGGCUCGUUGCGAACGAUAGAGCAGGGGAAGCCCGUGCUCUUCUCGUCAAAUACCACGCGGGUGGAGACUCAUCUUCUGCUCUGGUUGAUUAUGAAAUGAGGGAAAUGGAGGGAACCAUUCGCCUAGAGACCGAGACCAAAACUUCUUACAUGGAUCUUCUCAACACGGCGCCGAAUCGCAGACGUACCCUCAUUGCCGCCUUGGUUGGAUUUUUCUCACAAUGGAACGGUGUCGGCGUCGUAUCUUAUUACCUUACGCUCGUUCUGAACAACAUCGGUAUCACCAAAACCUCCGACCAGGCAUUGAUCAAUGGCCUGUUACAAGUCUUCAAUUGGAUUGUAUCCGUUGUCGGUGGCGCUCUCCUCGUUGAUCGCCUUGGCCGUCGUACUCUUUUUCUCGUGUCUGCGGCUGGCAUGCUUGUUUCAUAUAUUAUCUGGACCAUCCUCACAAGUACCUUCACCCGCACGUUGGAUGAUCAAACCGGCCGUGCUGUCGUCGCCUUCAUUUUUAUCUAUUACUUUUUCUACGACAUCGCAUGGACCCCCCUGCUCCAAGCCUAUUGCGUCGAGAUAUUCCCAUAUACGCUUCGCGGUCGUGGACUGAGUGUGACGCUCGGCUCGGCAUACGUGGGACUCAUUAUCGGCCAGUUUGUGAAUCCUAUUGCUAUGGAGCAUCUCAAGUGGCGAUACUACAUCGUUUUCUGUUGUUUGCUUGCCCUACUCCUGUUCUUGACUUGGUUCCUUUUCCCGGAAACACGAGGAAGAACUUUGGAACAAAUCGCAGAAGUCUUUGAAGGAAGGCAAGACGAUAGGGAAGCGGUUGGUGAGAAGGUCAUGGGUGAGAGGAACGAGAAAUCUGCAGUUGAGCAUGUGAAUCAGAAGGUUGAUAGCAAGUAACAUGAUUUCGUAUUAUGAGACAAACACACGCACACAGUUAAGGAAGAAACAACGCCUUGUAAUUAGUAGAUCUAUACACGAAAUCUAC